GUUGCAGUAAUCUCUUCCGUGGCACACAUUGACAGCUAGCUAGGUAGCCGCUUAGUUGCUGAACAAGAAGAAGCUAAGCUAGUAUAUUUACUGGAGCUUGGCUAAACGUUAGUUCAAUCCACACCACUAAAAUGGCCGAGGUCGAGGAGACGCUCAAGCGAAUUCAGGGCCAAAAAGGAGUUCAAGGAAUCAUUAUCGUCAAUGCUGAAGGCAUCCCUAUCAAGACCACCAUGGACAACACCAGUACAGUCCAAUAUGCAGGCCUGAUCCACCAGCUGGUGAUGAAGGCGAGGGGGACAAUCAGAGACAUUGACCCUCAGAAUGACCUUACUUUCCUCCGCAUCCGCUCCAAGAAGAACGAGAUUAUGAUCGCACCAGACAAGGACUAUUUUUUGAUUGUCAUUCAGAACCCCUCGGACUGAGAGGACCAUGCCAGCCUUUAAUGUGCUUCUGGUUUGUUUUUAAAGGCCAAAUGAGUGUUCUGUCUUUACUUUCUAGCUGAAUUAUAUGACGUUCCCCGAGCACUUCAGGGACGAUGAAGACCCCGGUAGAAACUAAAUGAAUCUAUAAAGACUGCUGUCUGUAUUUUGAUGGGUGACUAUAUAUAUAGAUCAGAAGUGUGACCCUAGGACAUAUUAAUACUGUAUGCUUGGUACCUAUUAUCAUUCCAGUUCUGAUGGUCCCCUUGCUUAUAUUCUUAAGUGGACACACACACAAAACAACAGAAUGUCCCUACAAAAAGAUUUCAUUUCAAUAAUACUUUUUAUUUAUUUGUUGUUUACAAUUGUUUCUCUGUCAGUUGCCACUAUUUCAACAGUGUAUCUCUUUGUCAAAUGUUAAGCAGCAUGCAGAAUGAUGAGCAGCAUAUUAUUACACUACUAAACAUCUGCUCUGGAUGUCUGAGUUUUAUGUUGAUAGUUUGCAAGGCCAUUAAAACAUUUGAAUGGA